AUGGCAUGUGCCCACUACAUCACAUUGGCCAAGAAGCCUGCUCUUAGUCUUCGUUCCUUGCACUGCACAAAGUGGCAACGUUGGCAGAACCUCGGACAAUGCUGUCAACUGAUCCAAUGGCUGCCUAUUUGGAACCGGGUCCUCGCGUACUCCGGCUUGCAGCUGCGAGAGCUUACGGCUCCCGGAGAACUGUCCCUGGUACGCAUCGCCCAAAGAGGAGACCAGCACGAACUUCACGGCCGUGACGCGAGGCUCCUCUUCCACGCCCUCUUGUCCCAGCACCGGUGUGUCGUGAGCGUCCACCUGGACGACGUCCUGGUCGAAGGAUGCGAGCUCAGAGAGUGUCGAGACCGAGUCAUCUUGACGCUUCGGCAAAACGCAAGCCUGCGGUCGCUGAGCCUCCGCAGUCUAUUCAACGACUACAAGUUCAUCCAGGAGGACUUGUUCGUGGCGAUCGGUACGGCGACGCAGCUGCAACGGCUCGACAUCACUGCCAGCGGAGAAGUGGUCCCGUGCCUGGUGGACUCGCUUUGCUCUCUGCUGUACACGGCGUGUCUGUCGACUCUCUCCAUCUCGGCCCUGCGCUUCGACGAACAAACCACCGAGCGACUGCUGGACGCGUUGAGGGUGAACACCACACUCGUUGACUUGUCGUUGCACAGCAGCGUUUUACGCUGUCGGAACUCGGCCGAUGUGCCCAAGUUCUGCAGCUACUUAGCCUCUCAGGCCUCGCUGUGGCAUCUGGCCCUACAUGGAACGGAUUCGGAGCCUGAACAGACAUGUAAAGAGAUCGGCGAUGUGUUGGCGGUGCUGGCAGAAGGCGGUAACCUCCAGACCAUGAAGCUUUCUGGCUUCAUCAUGGACAGCGCCUGCGCAUGCGCGCUGUCCCGACUCGUGGCUCGACACGACGGAUCGCUGCGACAGCUCGACAUCGGCGGCUGCAGACUGAUAUCGGACGAUUCGUCGAAGAGCGCACACGCUGCGACGAACUGCGACCAACCGAGCAGCUCCUCUCCUGAACAAACUCUCCGCUUGGCUGGCCCCGUUCGACGAUUUCUCGAAGCUCACGCUGGCGUCCCUGACGAUCAGCCUGGAGGGCUGGAAGCCAGACGACUGCUCAGCUCUUUUCAUCGUCGCUGCCGUCAUAGGAACCCUCAAGACCAUUUCGGUUACCGGCGUCUCGCUGGGCGAACUACCGCGAGUGUGCCGCACUAUCCGUGAGGCCGGAGUUAGUGAAAAGGUCCACAUAAAGAACGAAUACCAGCUCAACUCGGUGGCGCUCGGCCUGCUCGACGACUGUCGGGGACAAGUGAGUCACAUCGCCCUGAGUUGCCGCAGUGACCCAAGCGUAGCUCGAUUUCGCAAGUGCGUACAGGCCGUGUCUUCCUGGCGCCACCUGACUACGCUACGGCUCUUCCUCUCGCAAGAAGCCCUCGACGACGUUUCCACAACGUCGUCGUUGUGUAGCUACAUAAACGCGGCUACCCGGCUGCGGAAGAUCGAACUGGCAGGCUGCGACAAUCCACACAUGCGCAACUCCCUGGCGGCAGAAAACGGGCCCCACAGCCUUCUUCUGGAUGUUGUCUUCUCCAACGAGGGUCUACGAGCGGUUCGACUCAGCCGGAUUAGGUUCGGUGCGGUCAAUGUGCGCUUUCUGGUCCGCGCGGUGUUUUCCAACAAGACUCUGCGCGAGCUUGAUGUAUCUUCCGGGAAUAGCAGGGAGAAUGAAGAGUUGUUGAGACUCCUUGCCGCCGAUUUCGAAACCAAUUGCACCCUACUGAGCUUUCGCCUUCCGAAAUGUGCCGGGGACUAUUGGGAAGCCCGGAGAAGAGCCAACAUGGAAGCCAUUAUCAGUCGUAACGUGGGCUACGUCACGUGCGCAGCGCAUUACGUGGCUUGGUCGACGGACCCGCCACGGUCCAUAGUAGCCCUGUCAUGCAUCUCGAAGAGCCGAGCACUGAUCGACAAGGUUCAAGAAAUCGCGCACGUGGACGAGGCUGAAGCGAAGAAGCUGGUUUUAUCUCGGUUGUCCUAGGUGCGAACCACUCUAGGGAAUUCGUACUGUGUUUAUUUUUUUAGCGAUUUUCACGUGUAGUUCGACAAAGAAGCCUGCGAUGCUUUCUGCUAUUGUACACAUCAUUUGUCAUUUUCUUUUACUUGCAUUGUUCAUGUAUGCGUGAUGCCCAGUGCUGUAUUAAGGCUACACGUAACAUCCUGCCGUGCUUUCGCCAAAAGCGAUUCUACUUGAUCACUCUCAGUGUAGUUACUCUAUUACAGCAUUCCGCAGUUCGAAAACUGCCCACUGCAGUCACGUUGAUCCCAUCAAUGUUGGUCGUCUGGUGUCUUCACUGUAAUCGCUACUGGGUGUCCCGCAUUGACCAAGCGUGACACCGAC